AAAAUCUAAUUACACCAUAUAAUAUCUAAACAAAACAAAACAUAUUUUAUAUCCUCACAUUCAAAGCUUCUCGCAGCUUUGUCUCCCCCAACAAAUCCCGCGUGACUGUCUUUAUCACUGUCUGUAUAAAUACUACAACUGAUUCACAUUCCUCCAUUAUCAUCUUCCUCCUCCACCUUCUCUAACAAUGGAGAAACUCGCCGUCUUCUUCGCAUUCUUCACCGUCCUCGCGAGCUCCAGAACACUCCCGCCCAACUCCGACCCCAAUUUCCUCGAUGUCUCCGCCGCGAUUUCGAAGACCCAGGGCUUCUUCUCACGGAAUUCCAGAAGCGUACUACCCUCAAUGCACGAGGUACACCACCGCCGUCCUAGGGUUUCUCCCCAUUUCCCGCUUAGCUUCGACCUCCACCCGCGUCUGUCGGUCCGUGGAACCACGGAGGAGAGCUAUAAAGCGCUCACGGUGGCACGACUCGGUCGUGACUCGGCCCGAGUCAAGGCGAUUCAGACUCGGCUAGAUCUGGCCAGUUUAGGGAUUGUGAAGGCAGAUCUGACGCCUCUGGAGGCGGAGUUGGAGACGGAGAAGCUGGAGGGGCCGGUGAUCUCCGGCACUAGCCAGGGGAGCGGCGAGUACUUCAGCCGAGUUGGAGUGGGUAAACCGGCGACUCAGGCGUACAUGGUGCUGGACACGGGGAGUGACGUCAACUGGGUGCAAUGCGCACCUUGCGCAGACUGUUACCAACAGGCCGACCCGAUUUUCGACCCGGUUCUGUCCUCCUCCUUCACGCCUCUCACGUGCGAUACUCAGCAAUGCAGGUCGCUCGACGUCUCCGAGUGCCGCAACGACACCUGCCUCUACGAGGUCUCCUACGGCGACGGCUCCUACACCGUCGGCGAUUUCGUCACGGAAACCGUCACAUUCGGUGGAUCUCAAACCGUCGACAACAUCGCAAUCGGCUGCGGCCACAACAACGAAGGUCUAUUCGUCGGAGCCGCCGGUCUAAUCGGCCUCGGCGGCGGAAAACUCUCGUUUCCCUCUCAAAUCAACGCAACCUCCUUCUCCUACUGCCUCGUCGAUCGCGAUUCCGACUCCGCCUCCACUCUCGAUUUCAAUUCUCCGGCGCCUGCCGGCGCCGUCACGGCGCCGCUGGUCCGGAACCCUAAGCUGGACACGUUCUACUACGUGGAUCUAUCCGGAAUCAGCGUCUCCGGCGAGAUGCUGCCGAUCUCGCCGUCGACGUUCAAGCUGAACGAGGAGAGCGGCAACGGCGGCGUAAUAGUGGACUCCGGGACGGCGGUGACGAGGCUGCAGACGGAGGCGUAUGACGCGAUGCGUGACGCAUUUAAGAAGGGGACGGGGCAGCUGCCGGCGGCGGAGGGAGUGGCGCUGUUCGACACGUGCUACGAUCUGAGCUCGAAAAAGAGCGUGGAGGUGCCGACGGUGUCGUUUCACUUCUCGAAUGGUAAAGAGCUCGCGUUGCCGGCGAAGAACUACAUGAUUCCGGUAGACUCGUCGGGGACAUUCUGCUUCGCCUUCGCGCCGACGUCGUCUGCGCUCGGGAUUAUUGGGAAUGUUCAGCAACAGGGGACACGUGUCAGCUAUGAUCUCGCUAAUUCUCUGAUUGGAUUUUCUCCCAAUAAAUGCUAGAUUUUGAUUUUAAUUAUUACCAUAUCCCUAAUCAGUUUUUUUUUGCUCGCUUGUUUUCAGCUUGUUCAUUUUCUACUAUGAAUGAAUCUAGAUAUGUGAGUGUGGGCCUAGCCUUAAUAACUGUAAGCCCAUGGGCUUGGCCCACAUGGUGGUUGUGUGUAAUUAUUGCAGUUUAGAAGGGUGUGUUCUUGUAUAGGAGUAAAAGUUCAGCGUAACAGCUUCGGUGUGAGGGUUAUUAAAGAAAGCUGUGGAACGAUUACUAGCUCUAGUAGUUACCAAUAGUCUUCAACUACAUUGUGUUUUCAACAUAUUUUCUAAUGAAUUUUAAAUUGUAGUAGUAGUUA